AGUCAACAAAAAUACAUGGUUAUCAAUAAUUCUUGAAGGGUCCAGUCCGGGUUUGACAAAAACAUAUUUCAUGCCUAAAUAUAUUCAUAAUGACAUCACAUCAUGACCAUAUAUAUGUGCAUAAAACAGGUUUUUUUUCCCAAAAAAAUGCAAAAGUCUGUACAGAGCUUUACAGCAAAUCAAGAGAUGAAUAGUUCAGGGUGUUUGCAUAAGCGCCUACUGGAGUGGACAGGUCAAGAUCAUGUGUACAUAAGCAUGAGAAAUAAAUGGUGGUUCCCACUGAAAUCUCGUAAAGAUGCUGUGUAAGCCUAUGAUUACACACUUGUAAAUAAAAAGUUUCGCAAACAUUUUUAGUGGUGGCGCGCUCUUAUCUUAGAGAGAGUAGAAAUAAAUAAAGGAAAUGAAAACACGUCUAAACGUUAGGGAGGGUCAGGUUCACUAAAGAGUAAUCAUGAUGUUAUUAGAUUGGAUAUUAAAGAAUAGAAGUAAGCGAUGGAAAGUACCCUUGAAACCACCAAAGCUAAGUGACACAAACAGUAAUGAAGAAGACAAAAAUCAUUUGAAAGAAGAUGAAAAGCAAUUGAAAGAAAACAAAAAACAAUUGGAAGAAGACAGUAGACAAGUGGAAGAGGAACAAAAACAAUUGGAUGAAGACAAAAAACAAUUAAAAGACAAAAAACAAUUGAAACCAUUAAAAUCCCAUCAAACAAGAAGAAGUAAAUGCAAUAUUGUCCUUGAAAUAGUCGUAGUAUUUAUUGGAUCAAUUUUAAUGUUUUUUGGUUUUAUCCAAGGACCACUACAACCAGCAUCAUUCAAGCUUCCAGCCCCACCAAAAUUUGAAGGAGUAUUAGCUGCAAAUACCAAACUGCAAGAAGCAACAAACAUUUUUCAAGGGAGAGUAUUUGGACCAGAAUCAAUUGCAAUUAAAGAUGGUGUUCUGUACACAGGCAUAGAUGAUGGUCGGUUAGUUGCAAUUAAUGGUACUGAAGUUAAUACUAUAGCAUCAUUUCAUGCAAGUAAUGAUGAGUCUAUACCAUGUGGUAUCCCAGCCAUAGAACAUCUGUGUGGACACCCUCUAGGACUACGGUUCGACAAGAGUGGAUCAUCCUUGUAUAUAAUAGAGGCUUAUUCUGGAUUGUAUAAGAUUAACUUAACUUCAGGUACUGCACAACAUCUUUCCAAGUACAAUGAUCAAUAUAUAGGGGAACAUAUGCAAUUUGUCAAUGACCUUGAUGUAACUUCUGAGGGCGUGGUGUACUUCAGUGACUCCAGUUCCCAGUGGCACCGACGGGAUUAUGCCUACUUGGGAGUUGAGGGGUCUGCAACAGGAAGGAUUUUUAAGUAUAAUCCUAGUACAGACCGCACCGAGGUUGUUCUUGAUGAUCUAGCUUUUCCAAAUGGAGUGCAAUUGUCUCCCAAUGAAGACUUCCUUCUUUUUUGUGAAACAACAUAUGCAAGAAUAAAUUUGUUGUUUCUAAAGGGAACCAUGAAGGGCCAAGUUGUAAGCUUUGUUGAGAAUUUACCAGGACUGCCGGACAACAUUCGAGCCAGUAGUAAUGGCGGUUACUGGGUUGGCUUUAGUGUUGUACGUAAACAGCCUUUCUCACUCUUUGAUUUCUUAUCAGACAAGCCUUGGGUUAGAAGUUAUAUUUCAAAG